GCACGCAGGGCCCGGGCUGCCUGCGGGGGGCGCGGACCUCCUCUACCGGGUGCACCCCAGCACCCCACCUUGCAAGGCCGGGCUGCCGGCGGCGCGCCACGCCCCCGGGGUCCGGAAGGCACAGCAGCCCGCGCCCGGCUUCUGAGAACUUAGAGCCUGGUGGCGUGCGGCUCGGGCCGGGGCUGCGGCGGCGACGGCGGCUGCUUCCUGGUUCGCAGCAGCUCACCGAGUGGGGGAGAGCGUGAGCCCGCGGAGGCGGGGGCAGGAGGAGCGGGCGGAGGCGGGGGCAGAGACGCCAAGGCUGGAGCUAGCCGGACGGGUCGCUCCUGCUCUCCGGGGAGACGAUCUGCCCGGCCCCGGAGAAGGGGCGAGCCCCGCGCGCUCCAUAGGGACGGUCGGGAACCCACCAGCCCGCCAAGGGCUGGGAGCCCAGCUCCCCUCCUUUCCACCUCGAGAGAAAGGGCGGGAGGGAAGGAGGGGAGGGGAAGGUCCCUUAGAGGAGGCGGAAUGGCCGGUGGCAGGGGGCUCGGGCGCUGCUUCUCCCGGGAGUUGUCUCCAAGCCUGUGGCUGCGGCGAGGGCUACCCUGAACCCGGGCUCCCUGCUCCCCGGUGCCAGCUAGCGCGGCCCCCACGGGGCCCCGGCAGCAGCGCCGGCAUGUCGUCCGGCACAAUGAAGUUCAAUGGCUAUCUGAGGGUCCGCAUCGGAGAGGCUGUGGGGCUGCAGCCCACCCGCUGGUCCCUGCGGCACUCGCUCUUCAAAAAGGGCCACCAGCUGCUGGACCCCUACCUGACGGUGAGCGUGGAUCAGGUGCGCGUGGGCCAGACCAGCACCAAGCAGAAGACCAACAAACCCACCUACAACGAGGAGUUCUGCGCCAAUGUCACCGACGGCGGCCACCUGGAGCUGGCCGUCUUCCACGAGACACCUCUGGGUUAUGACCACUUUGUGGCCAACUGCACGCUGCAGUUCCAGGAGCUGUUGCGCACGGCGGGCGCCUCGGACACCUUCGAGGGCUGGGUGGAUCUGGAGCCCGAGGGGAAAGUGUUUGUGGUAAUAACCCUAACAGGGAGUUUCACUGAAGCUACCCUCCAGAGAGACCGCAUCUUCAAGCAUUUUACCAGGAAGCGCCAAAGGGCUAUGCGAAGGCGAGUCCAUCAGGUCAACGGACAUAAGUUUAUGGCCACAUACCUGAGGCAGCCCACCUACUGUUCCCACUGCCGGGAAUUCAUCUGGGGAGUAUUUGGGAAACAGGGUUAUCAAUGCCAAGUGUGCACCUGCGUCGUCCAUAAACGCUGCCAUCAUCUAAUUGUUACAGCCUGCACUUGCCAAAACAAUAUUAACAAAGUGGAUGCCAAGAUUGCAGAGCAGCGCUUCGGAAUCAACAUCCCACACAAGUUCAGCAUCCACAACUACAAGGUGCCCACGUUCUGCGAUCACUGCGGCUCCUUGCUCUGGGGGAUAAUGCGACAAGGACUUCAGUGUAAAAUAUGUAAAAUGAAUGUACAUAUUCGAUGUCAGGCCAAUGUGGCCCCAAACUGUGGGGUGAACGCUGUGGAGCUUGCCAAGACCCUGGCAGGGAUGGGUCUCCAGCCCGGAAAUAUUUCUCCAACCUCGAAACUCAUUUCCAGAUCGACGUUAAGACGGCAGGGAAAGGAGGGCUCCAAAGAAGGAAAUGGGAUCGGUGUCAACUCUUCCAGCAGAUUUGGCAUCGACAACUUUGAGUUCAUCCGGGUGUUGGGGAAGGGGAGCUUCGGGAAGGUGAUGCUCGCCAGGAUAAAGGAGACAGGGGACCUGUACGCUGUGAAGGUGCUGAAGAAGGAUGUGAUCCUGCAGGAUGACGAUGUGGAAUGCACCAUGACUGAGAAGAGGAUCCUGUCCUUGGCCCGCAACCACCCCUUCCUCACCCAGCUGUUCUGCUGCUUUCAGACUCCUGAUCGUCUGUUCUUCGUCAUGGAGUUUGUGAACGGAGGGGACCUGAUGUUUCACAUUCAAAAGUCCCGUCGCUUUGAUGAAGCCCGAGCUCGUUUCUAUGCUGCGGAGAUCAUUUCUGCGCUCAUGUUCCUGCAUGAGAAAGGCAUCAUCUACCGAGACUUGAAACUGGACAAUGUGCUGUUGGACCACGAAGGCCACUGUAAACUGGCCGACUUUGGAAUGUGCAAGGAGGGCAUUUGCAAUGGGGUCACCACAGCCACCUUCUGUGGCACACCCGACUACAUUGCUCCGGAGAUCCUGCAGGAGAUGCUGUAUGGACCUGCAGUAGACUGGUGGGCUAUGGGUGUGUUGCUCUAUGAAAUGCUCUGCGGACACGCCCCCUUUGAGGCGGAGAAUGAAGACGACCUUUUCGAGGCCAUACUAAAUGAUGAAGUUGUCUACCCUACCUGGCUCCAUGAAGAUGCCACAGGAAUCCUCAAAUCUUUCAUGACCAAGAACCCCACCAUGCGCUUGGGCAGCCUGGCUCAGGGAGGCGAGCACGAGAUCUUGAGGCAUCCUUUCUUUAAGGAAAUCGACUGGGCCCAGUUGAACCAUCGCCAACUAGAACCGCCUUUUCGGCCCAGAAUCAAAUCCCGAGAAGACGUCAGCAAUUUUGACCCAGACUUCAUAAAAGAAGAGCCCGUUUUAACGCCAAUCGAUGAGGGACAUCUUCCUAUGAUUAACCAGGAUGAGUUUAGGAACUUUUCCUAUGUGUCACCGGAAUUGCAACCAUAGCCUUAUGGGGAAGGAGAAUCACAGGGGAAUGUGGAUUGUUUUUUUCCAGGAAUUUCUUUUGUGGGGAUUCCUUAGCAUCCGCCUUAGAAUACCACCUUCACCUUCAAGGCGCCAAUGUUCACAACUCCUUGAAGGGUGGAGCUUCAAGAGAGCCACUCUCUCAAGACCCAAGGAGCCAUGGUACAUUUCUGUAGUUGAGACUGAGACAGGAUGUUACAAAGACGUGCACUGCUCAACCCAUGAGUCUACAUGGCUAUUUCAGGCUUGGAGUAAAUGACAGCAACCGAAAGGAGAGAUAGUGGGAAGAAUAUAGUAGAGCCUAGAAAUUAUGAGCCGAACAGGCUUUUUUACUUCAAGAGACAAAUCUAGACUUUCUGUGGACCACUUUACACUCGUCUUUAAGCCAAUGUUGCAGUCUGCAAAAGACUAACUGCUAAUGAAGAAUUGAGAGGUCUCUCUUGGGAAGUGAACGGCAUUCCAAGUAGAAUGACUUGUUCUGAAGAAACAGAAGAUGGGAGUCCUUCAAGCUCCCAACCUAAAACCCAGUGUUGAGAAGGAGGUUGGACAUGAUGACAACUGUCAGUGUCUUGAGUCUCUCAUUCCUCCUUUCAGUAACUAGCUAUUUAUUGAGUGUCAAACAAGAAGGUGCCAUGAUCAGCAGAAGUGUGCGCAGCGGAGUCGCCUUCGUGAUGCUUUUCUUCAUUCCAGGGUCCACCGAAUGGUGUUUGCGUUCUGUGAGAAGCCUCUUCACAUUGCAUAGGUCUGUCUUCUGUGUCUGCACAUGCUCUCUUGUUCCUAGAAAGGCCAUCGCCACCAUAGUGUGGCCAACAGGCAGGCUUCUGUUGCAUGCCACCUGCCAACUGGUGGGAUCUAAUCACACCCACACCAUCACAGGCUGACUCACCGGUGAACUGCACACCAUUCACAUCCACGAACACGGGGGUGGCUGAUCCAUUGGCAGUCUAUUUAAGUUAUGUUUUCAGAGACAAAGAAGGUUGUCUGAUGGACACAUUAAUAAUUAAAAAUGGAUCUUGUAAAUGAGGCCGGCGGCAAAGACGUACCUUUUCAUGUGUAACCGUAUAUACAGUUGAAAAAUUUUAUCUGACUGGAAAUAAAGGCAUUUUGUAGCAAAAGGAA